AUUAAGUCAGUAUCGUCCAAACGAAAGAAUACUAAUUUUUUAUUAAUCAAAUACGAGAUGAACAGCUAGUUGUAUUCAAAUAUGAUAUUUAAUGCAUAAACGGACUAUUUAUUGCUCAACUUUGAUUGCAUUUGAUUAUUGCUUUUCGAACGAUUAGCUGCUUUAGAUACAAGCGAAUAGCUUAAAAGGAACAAGGAGCAGUCCGGCAUCAGUGAAGGUUUAAUUAUGAGGUUUUGUUCAAUACAUAUCCUGCUGACUUUGACCCUCAUUGGGCCAGCAUUAGCUCAGCCUGAGGAAAGGGUUGAAUGCAGACCUGGUAGAACAGCCUGCCAUGCAUUUGACAAAAGAUGCUGCGGUUGCAAAAGGAGGCUACAAGUGUUCAAAGUAGGUGUUUUCCAUAAGGAAAUGUAUCCACUGCAAGCUAUAAACUUAGGUUAUUGUCUAGAUGCACCAUGUUUAUACAGCAAGUGCAAGAGGCAUGUAGAUGCUAAAAGAGCGGAACUUAAUGAGUUGGAGUUAAACCAGGCGGAUGAACUCGAUAAUGAUAUUGCCGUAGCAGGCCCAGGAAAUGCGCUAGGGGAUGCAAUACCUCAAUGCAGAGGGGAUGAUCAAUGUGAAACAACUCAAUAUUGUGCCGAAAACGGACAAUGUCAUUCGAAACUACCCUAUAGUAGUGCCUGCACAAACAACAAGGAAUGUAGCAGUGGUCACUGUGUGGAUGUUUGUGUUGAAUGUGAACAACAAACAGAUUGUGGAGAUAAUUAUCUAUGUACACAAAACACGUGUGUGGCCAAAAAACUAUUUGGAGAUGCCUGCAGCCAGGACAUGGCUUGUCAGUCAGGACUUGUGUGCAACAAAGGUGUCUGCAGCAGAUGUGCAGAUGAACUCGAUUGCAGCGACACUCAGUAUUGCAAAGGAGAUUCCAAAGUUGGAUACAGCUGUCGCCCAAAAGAAAACGUUGGUGUUAAGUGCGAGGAAUCACUGGAAUGUAACAGUGGACACUGCGUUGGUGUUUGUGUUGAAUGCGAACAGCAAUCAGAUUGUGAAGAUGAUUAUCAAUGUAAAGGAAACACUUGCGUAAACAGGAAACCUUUUGGAGGCUCGUGUAAUAAUGAUAAGGACUGUCUAUCAGAAUAUGUUUGUAACGAAGGUGCCUGUAGCACAUGUUCAGAAGAACGUACCUGUGGAGGUAAUGAAUACUGCAAAGGUGACCCAACAACUGGAUAUAGAUGUAGCUCCAAGGAGGAGAUCGGUGAUAUAUGUAACACCCCAUCGGAAUGUAGCAGUGGACACUGUGUUGGUGUUUGUGUGGAAUGCGAACAAAAAACAGAUUGUGAAGAUGAUUAUCUCUGUAAAGAAAACACAUGUGUUCAGAGGAAACUGUUUGGAGGUUCAUGUAGUGAGAAUAAAGACUGUUUAUCAGACUUCGUUUGUUACGAAGGUGCAUGUAGUACUUGUUCAGAAGAACUAACCUGCGAAGACAAUGAAUACUGCAAAGGCGACUCCACCUCUGGAUAUAGUUGCAGCUCCAAAGAAGAUGUCGGAUCUGUAUGCGAUUACCCAUCGGAAUGUAGCAGUGGACACUGUGUUGAUGUUUGUGUGGAAUGUGAAAAGCAAACAGAUUGUGGAGAUGAGUAUCUAUGCGAAGGAAACACAUGUGUUCAAAGGAAAUCCUUUGGAGGAUCAUGUAGCGAAGAUAAGGACUGUCUGUCAGAAUUCGUAUGUUCUGACAAUGUCUGCAGUUCAUGUUCAAAAGAACCUAAUACCUGCGAAGACAAUGAAUACUGCAAAGGUGACCCAACAACUGGAUAUAGUUGUAGCUCCAAAGAGGAUAUCGGUGCUAUAUGUAACACCCCAUCAGAAUGUAGCAGUGGACACUGUGUUGGUGUUUGUGUGGAAUGCGAACAACAAACAGAUUGUGGAGAUGAUUAUCUCUGUAAAGAAAACACAUGUGUUCAAAGGAAACUGUUUGGAGGUCCAUGUAGUGAGAAUAAAGACUGUUUGUUAGAACUCGUAUGUAACGAAGGUGCAUGUAGUACUUGUUCAGAAGAACGUACCUGUGAAGACAAUGAAUACUGCAAAGGCGACUCCACCUCUGGAUAUAGUUGCAGUUCCAAGGAGGAAAUCGGGGCUGUAUGCGACCACACAUCGGAAUGUAGCAGUGGACACUGUGUCGGUGUUUGUGUGGAAUGUGAAAAGCAAACAGAUUGUGGAGAUGAGUAUCUAUGCGAAGGAAACACAUGUGUUCAAAGGAAAUCCUUUGGAGGAUCAUGUAGCGAAGAUAAGGACUGUCUGUCAGAAUUCGUAUGUUCUGACAACGUCUGUAGUUCAUGUUCAAAAGAACCUAAUACCUGCGAAGACAAUGAAUACUGCAAAGGUGACCCAACAACUGGAUAUAGAUGUAGCUCCAAGGAGGAGAUCGGUGAUAUAUGUAACACCCCAUCAGAAUGUAGCAGUGGACACUGUGUUGGUGUUUGUGUGCAAUGCGAACAACAAACAGAUUGUGGAGAUGAUUAUCUCUGUAAAGAAAACACAUGUGUUCAAAGGAAACUGUUUGGAGGUCCAUGUAGUGAGAAUAAAGACUGUUUGUUAGAAUUCGUAUGUAACGAAGGUGCAUGUAGUACUUGUUCAGAAGAACGUACCUGUGAAGACAAUGAAUACUGCAAAGGCGACUCCACCUCUGGAUAUAGUUGCAGUUCCAAGGAGGAAAUCGGGGCUGUAUGCGACCACACAUCGGAAUGUAGCAGUGGACACUGUGUCGGUGUUUGUGUGGAAUGUGAAAAGCAAACAGAUUGUGGAGAUGAGUAUCUUUGUAAAGAAAACACAUGCUUCCAAAAGAAUCAUUUUGGAGGUUCAUGUAGCGAAGAUAAGGAUUGCCGGUCUGAUCUCGUGUGCAACGAGGGUGUUUGUAGUACAUGUACUAGAGAACCCAGUAGCUGCACAGCCGAACAUUAUUGCAAAGGGGAUUCUAAAGACGGAUUUAGAUGUAGCCCAAAAGAAUACUUCGGUGCUAAAUGCGAUGAUUCACUGGCAUGCGCAAGUGGACACUGUGGAGAUGGUGAUCUUUGUGUUGAUUGCGAAGAAAGGUCAGAUUGUGAGAAUGGUGAAUUGUGUACUGACAACACGUGUGUUCCUAGAAUGGUGUUUGGAGAUCCUUGUGAGGAGGACGACGAGUGUGAGGUGGAUCUAGUAUGCAACACAGGUGUUUGCAGUAGAUGUAGAGAUGACAUGGGAUGCACUGAACAGCAAUACUGUAAGGCAGGGGAUCCAAAUAGCAUAGAGGGAACAUCAGGCUUCGAAUGUAGCGCAAAGGAAGAUAUCGAUAGUCCUUGCCUCGAUGCCUCCAAUUGCCUUAAAGGACACUGUGUAAAGAAUAUGUGCGUGGCAUGUGAAGAAGACAGCGAUUGUGACAAUGAGCUUUGUAAAUCAAACACAUGUGUUGGAAAACCAGUAUUUGGAGAAUCGUGUGAAGCAGAAGAUGAAUGUGUUGCUGGAUUAAAAUGCAAUAAAGGCGUCUGUAGUUUAUGUGAUUCCGACAGUGACUGUACAUUGGAAGAGUAUUGUAAGCGUCCUGUAGGUGAAAUGGGAUACUACUGUGCAAUUAAAGAAAAUGUUGGAACCAUCUGUAAUGCAGACACUGAAUGUAACACAGGACAUUGUGUUGGCGAAGAGUAUUCAGAGUUGAGAUGUGUUGACUGCCGAGAGGACGCUGACUGUGUAGGAGGAUUGUGCAAAGAUCAUACGUGUGUGUCAAGACAAGGAUUCGGAGGAUAUUGCUCUUCAAAUGAUAAUUGUGAGCUAGAUCUUGUGUGCAACGAGCAUAGGUGCAGUCGCUGUAUGAGUGCCGACGACUGCAUGGUUGAUGAAUAUUGCAAGGGAGACUCAACAAGUGGAUACACGUGUAGCGAAAGGGAGACCAUUGGAAGUGAAUGCAGUGAGCACUCGCAAUGUGGCUCUGGUAUGUGCUACAAUAGCCUCUGUGGGACAUGUCUAGAAGACGGCGACUGUAACUCUAGCGAGUAUUGUCAAAAUGAUGACCCCUCAAAACCCAACAAUUGUGUCCGUAAAAGAGAAGUAGACGAGACGUGUGCCUCAUCCAGAGAAUGUACCAGUGGGUACUGCCGAGGUAGUCAGUCGAUUUCUAUAGUAGGCACCUGUAAGACCCUUCUUCCCCUCGAGAGACCAUGCACUAAGGAUGACGAAUGUGCAUCUAACGUGUGCAUCGGGAAAUGUGUCCAAUGCAAAACAAAGCCUGACUGCCCACCUGGAAAAGCGUGUUGGACGGAUACUUACAAAUGUAAACCAGAGGGUAGAAAGUAUGAACGGUGUAAUCAGCAUGACCAUUGUAAGAAGAAAUUUAUAUGUAAAAAUGGAAGAUGUAAUAUAUAAAUCACAGUUCGGAAUAAAUGUAACCUGUAAGAAAACCAGAUAUUUUGUAACUGGAUUUCAGGAACAAGUAAGGAAUAUAUUGAUGGAAAUGCACUAAAAUAGAGAGAUUUCGCACAUAAGUGAAAGUACAACGUAUAUGUAUACGUAUACUUUAAAGGGU